UGAAAAUAGGCGUAGGUCGGCGUUUGCGGCGGGGACGGAAGGCGGAAGCAGAGCUUGAGCGGGAGGCGGAGCCGGGGGAGCCGCUCUUAGCUCCCCUGGCUCUGGGCCCAGCAGCUCGAGGGGGAGGAGUUACCGCCGCUCUUCGGCAUUAGAACUUACCAUGAUGGCUGUGACCUAAAAUCUUCAGGAAGCCAGGGGGUCAUGGCCCAGAAGCACCCCGGAGAAAGACAGUCGUGUGGAGCCCACCACAGUGGUGGUGCCUCCCUCGGGACUUUAGGACCCUCUCUGGACCCUGAAAUACUUUCAUUCUCAGGACUCAGGGACUCAGCGAGGCCUGCUCCAAAUGGUACCCGCUGCCUCACAAAGCACUCUAGUCCUAAGUACACGCAGCCCCCAAACCCAGCCCACUGGUCGGAUCCAAGCCAUGGCCCCCCCAGGGGUCCAGGACCCCCUAGAAAUGGAGAGGACCCUGAUCAGAGUGAGGCAUCUUCAGAAGAAGAGUCAGGAGUGGAUCAGGAACUCUCAAGAGAGAAUGAGGCUGGGCACCCGGAGGAUGAAAACCCUUCUUUUCUUUCCAUUCCAUCUGCUUGCAACUGCCAGGGAACCCCUGGAAUCCCUGAAGAGCCUUACUCUGGGGGAGGAGAUAACUCUUCUAGCAACUUUUGCCACCAUUGUAUGUCUCCAGCUUUAGGAGAACAUGAAGAGUUGGAAGAGGAAUAUGAUGAUGAGGAACCCAAGUUCCCCAGUGAUUUUUCUCGUGUGCCCAGUGGAAAGAAACCUCCACCCCGGAGACAGCGGCACCGUGUUGCAGCCAAGGACGAUACUUGGGAGGGUGGACGCAGGGAUCCCAGGUCCCCUGGUCGACAUCGGCUGGGCCGGAAACGAAGUCAAGCAGAUAAGCGCAGAGGCUUGGGAUUAUGGGGAGCAGAAGAACUGUGUCAGCUUGGACAAGCAGGUUUCUGGUGGCUGAUCGAACUGCUGGUAUUGGUGGGAGAGUAUGUGGAAACUUGUGGCCAUCUCAUCUAUGCAUGCAGGCAGCUGAAAGGCAGUGAUUUGGACCUUUUUCGAGUCUGGGCAGGAGUCUGGGCAGGGCGACUGGGUGGCUGGGCCCAGGUAAUGUUCCAGUUUCUGAACCAGGGGUUUUGCUAUGGGGCAGGGCUAUUCACCCGUUUUCUUAGGCUACUGGGUGCUUUGCUGCUUCUGGCUCUGGCCCUCUUGUUGGGCUGUCUGCAGGUGGCCUGGCAGUUUCUUGUGAGACUGGGUGACAGGUUAGGCUGGAGGGCUAAAGCCACCUGGCUCUUCUCUUGGCUGGAUUCUCCCACCUUACAGCGUUGUCUGAUUGUGCUGAGAGAGAGCAGGCCAUGGCAGCAGAUGGUGAGAAUGGUUCAGUGGGGUUGGCUGGAGUUGCCUUGGGUCAAACAGAGGACUAACAGACAAGAGAAUGCACCUGUAGCUAGUGGUCGCUAUUACCAGCCUGAAGAGGAAGUGACUCGACUCUUGACCAUGGCUGGGGUUCCUGAAGAUGAGCUAAACCCUUUCCACGUCUUGGGGGUUGAAGCCACAGCAUCAGAUGUUGAAAUGAAGAAGGCCUAUAGGUCGGAGACGGAGCGGGUCAAAGUUCCUGUGCUGAUCAGUAGUGAGAUCGCGCCUCUGAAUAGCCACUGCACUCCAGCCUGGGUUCAUCCUGACAAAAAUCAUCAUCCCCGGGCUGAGGAGGCCUUCAAGGUUUUGCGGGCAGCUUGGGACAUUGUCAGCAAUCCUGAAAGGCGGAAGGAAUACGAGAUGAAACGAAUGGCAGAGAAUGAGCUGAGCCGGUCAGUGAAUGAGUUUCUGUCCAAGCUGCAGGAUGACCUCAAAGAGGCAAUGAAUACUAUGAUGUGCAGUCGAUGCCAGGGAAAGCACAGGAGGUUUGAAAUGGACCGGGAACCUAAGAGUGCCAGAUACUGUGCUGAGUGUAAUAGGCUGCAUCCUGCUGAAGAAGGAGACUUUUGGGCAGAGUCAAGUAUGUUGGGCCUCAAGAUCACCUACUUUGCAUUGAUGGAUGGAAAGGUGUAUGACAUCACAGAGUGGGCUGGAUGUCAGCGAGUAGGAAUCUCCCCAGAUACUCAUAGAGUCCCCUAUCACAUCUCAUUUGGUUCUCGGAUACCAGGCACCAGUGGGCGACAGAGAGCCACUCCAGAUGCCCCUCCUGCUGACCUUCAGGAUUUCUUGAACCGGAUAUUUCAAGUACCCCCGGGACAGAUGUCCAAUGGGAACUUCUUUGCAGCUCACCCUGGCCCUGGGGCCACCGGAGCUUCCAAGCCCAACAGCACAGUACCCAAGGGAGAAGCCAAACCGAAGAGGCGGAAGAAAGUGAGGAGGCCCUUCCAACGUUGACACUUGUUUUCUUCUUUCCUCAAAUCAAUGUCAGGGAGUCAAAAGGGCUGUGUACAGCAUAGGAUGGAGUUUGAUUUAUUUUUAAAUAUUUUAAAAAGGGAAACUUUUAAGCUCAAAUUGUUCACUCAGUACUUGUAGGAAGCCCCAGAACCACUCUCCCUCCUCCACCGGUACCCAGGAACUGAAUCUGGUCUUCUGACAAUACCAAAGAAAUAGGGGGUGGCUACAGCAAAGAACCUAGGGCAUGGACCUGGGCUGGACAAUAUCUCCCAGAGGAGUGUGGGAACUGGGUAUUUCCCUAGGGUCUGUAUGCCUUUGUCUUGUCUUUUGCUUCUACAGCAGAUGACUUUCCCUCCUCUUUUUAAACUAUGAGUCUGUCUUAUUUCUUGACCCAGUUCAGGGCUCCCUCCUGAAUAUACUAGUUAGCCCAAUACUAGUUAAAAGACAGAACAAGAAAGCAUGUAACUCUAAUUAUAGGAGAUAAGAGUUCAGAGAGUGGGAACUCUGAAUUUUUUCUGUCACCUUGUGGGUAACUUCCCAACUUCAUGCUUGUUGCUGCAGGGAUGGCCAAACUAAUAAUUUUAAAAAAAUCAGACUCAUGCCCUCUGCCCUUGGGUGAGGGGAAAGAAUAAAGGGGUUCCUGGUAGGCCCCUUAUGAUCCAAGGGUUUGUAUUUUUUUAAGUUUGUUGAUAUUUGUAUGUACAUAACUAUUUAAAGCCAGGGGAUUAUCUUUCUAUAAAUAUGUAACUGGCAA